AUGGAAGUUAAUAAAGAGACUAAAAAAGUAUUGAAUUAGGCAUCUUAAACAGCAUCUUGCGUAGUUAUAAUAGCUUAUUUUAUUGGUUUAGUUUUACCCAACUUUAUCAAUCAAUUCUAGCUAUCAAUAAUUAAUUAUGCAAUAUCUACUAUAAUAGGAAUUAUAUUAUUCUACUGUUUCUUUUAUUUGUUUGAAAACUCUUUUAGUAGAAUGUAUUCUCAAACAAGAUAUUUUCAUUUCUACCUAACUUCUUUCAUUUUUGGCUAGAUUACUUAGUGGGCUUUUUGUACAAUCAUUCUUUAGAAAGAUUAUUUUCUACUGUCAUUAAAAUUUUUCUUAUUAAACAACAUUGUAUUUCACUUGGGAGAAUUUUAUUUUGUUUGCUUGAGCCACCCUAAAGAUUUGGCUUGGAAAAGUUUUUUGAUUAAUCAUUCACCUGCAUAUAAUAUAGCUUUUGUUGUAGCUUUACUAGAAUAUAUCUUAGGAGUCUUCUUUCCUAAUUUUAUAAUAUUUUAUUUCCAUGAUAAGUUUUUCAUUAUAAUGAUUGGAGUUUUCUUUAGCAUAUUUGGUCAUUUCAUGAGAAUUUCAGCUUAAUAGACAGCCAAAAGCAAUUUCAAUCACCUCGUUUAGAAUUAAAAAAGUGAUGAUCAUGUUUUAGUAACACAUGGAGUUUAUUCUUUCUCCAGGCAUCCAAGCUAUCUCGGAUUCUUUUCUUAUAGCUUGGGAGGUUAAAUUAUAUUAGGAAAUUUAUUUUGCUUUUUUGCUUAUGCAUUUGUCCUUUAUAAAUUCUUUCUUUAUCGUAUCGUGCAAGAAGAGCAUUACUUAGUUAAAUUUUUUGGAUAAUAAUACAUUGAUUAUUCUAAAAUUGUGCCUAUAAGAAUUCCAUUUAUGGAGUAUGCUAUCCAUAAAGUAUUUAAAUGUGAUGAUGACGAUGAUUGA